GGAAUAUUGCAUUCUUGACGCAGUGCAAGGAUGGCCAAGGACUGGAUCUGCGAGGAAUGCGAGCAAGACAACGCUGCCGACGAAGUCGAGUGCGUGGCGUGUGAAGCGCCACGUCCGGCGGGCUCCAGUGCAAGUCGCUUCACUGGCUACAAGAUUGCGCGUGUCGUGUCCGUGGAAGCAAUUCCCAAAACGAAAUUGCGCGCUGUGAAGGUACAAGUGGACGUCGACGGCAGUGAGGAGUUGACCAUUGUGACCAACGCCCGCGUGGACGAUGGUGAAACAAGGUAUAUCGUUGUGGCGACAGUGGGGUCCAUCGUGUCCAUCGACGGAGAGGACGUCGAGGUGAAGAAAGCAACGGUUGGCGGACGCAAGUCUGAAGGCAUGGUGUGCGACUCGCCCAUGCUUGGAUGGAAAGGUGGUGCGGCUGGAGCUGCAGUGUUCCUGCCCAGCACGUACACGGUUGGCGACGAACCUCCUGCUACACGGCCAUGAGCAUGCUUUGUACCCAUUCAAGCUUAAAAAGACAUCUCUGCUCACCAUGGCAUUCGGUGCACAAAUAUGAAUUCACUUCCCGUUCCUCCUCCUCACAACGGC